AUGGCCCCCAAGUCUUGCCAAGAGACUGAAGAGGAGCAAGUGCCCCUCGCCCCAGCUGAUGAGGACUUACAGCCCUCAGCUGGCACAUCUACAGAUAGGGUGGAUCCCUCCUGUCCCCAGGACAUCAAGCCCCUAUCUACACUCACACCAGUGGACGGCUCUGCUAGCGGGCAUUUGGCACCUGAGACUCUGGACCCCCGCACCCUGAACCUGCUGUGGAAACAGAGAGAACUGGAGAUCCAGGCACUUCGAUGUGCCAUCCAGAAUGGGCAGAAGGCCUGGCAUAGCCACAUCCUGCAGGAAGUAGCAGGGAUUCCCCCUGAGAGGAACUACAACAGUCAAAACAAGUCCCUCCAGAACCAGGUCCAGAGGCUGACCCUGGAGUUGAAAACACAGAAGGAACAAGCCCAGCUGGAGAAAGAACGUUUGGAGGAGCAGCUGAGACAGAAUGUCAGCAGGAUACAGCAGCUGGAGGCUGAGUUGCAGAGCUUCCAGAAGUCAUGCCUUCUGCAGCUGGCCCGCUCCUCCUGGGUGGGCUGCAGGCUGCGGUCUCAAACCGGCAGUGUAGAGGUAGUUACUGCAGAGAUUCUAAAGGACUUAAAUGACUCUUCUGGAAGUGAUGAGUCUCCUACUACUGGGGAGAAUUUCCGUUUGGAAGAUGUAGACUGGAACAGCAUUGCCCACCGGUACCCCAACCUCUUCAGCAACUUCAGCUCAGACCACAAGCAAAACCACCAUCCAACCCUCCCGCUGGACCCGCUGGAUACCCAAGACUCAGAUUCCUCCUGCAAAUAUGUGGAAAAGGCUGGCAAGAGCCUGGAGUGGAGCACCCUGCCCUUGGUAGACAACAGCAGCUCCGGAGGUGCCAAUUCCGACUCCAGCAGCUGCCAACUAGCUCAGCCUUCUAAAGAGAAGAUGACAGGACACCUGCCCCAGAGGACAGGCUCAGAUUCUUCUGAGCAGAUGCAGGCCUGCACCAGGAACUUCAGUGGACAAGUGGAAGAUCUUCGGAAAAGCCACUCGGAUGGGCCCAGCAAGACCGUAGUGGAGACGUUUGUGUGCUCUGACCACCAACAUAGAAAGCCCCAGAUAAUUCCAGCUGGCUGCUCCGUGAAGAUCGUAGCUGUGAGCCAUCGAAAGAAGUUCAUUCGCAUGCUCAACCAGUCGCGGGUGGAGACGGUCGACCUGGGCGGCUUCGUGCUGCAGCAGCUCGUUCGAGAUUGCCCCGUGUGCAUGUACCGCUUCCCGCCCGCCACCCUGCUGGCGCCGGGACACCACAUCACGGUGUGGGGCGAAGGGACCUGCAAGACUAAGCCGCAGCCGCUCGUACCCUUGGGCCAGGACGCCUUCCACUUCCAGUCCAGCCGGGGCUGCGUGACGCUCCUCGUGAACACGCAAGGACAGGUCGUCAGUGAGCACCACGACCCUCCUCGCGUGGCCGAAGGCUUGAGUAUCCUCGACAACACCGACUGGUCCAUCGACUGCUUCCCGCUCGCCGAGGCCAGGCCCGACGCCGACCCCGACCCGGACCCGGACCCCGACCCCGACCCAGACACGUGGCGGCGACGGCCUCCGUCCCCACGCAAGGGCCGGGUGCAGGAGGCCAGGGCCAGGCACAGGAGAGCGGGGCCUGGCCCCAGCCAGAGAAGCCUGUCCAGGGGCGGGCCGCGGCCCCCAGGAACCCCUCGCCCCACCAAGACGCGAGGUGUCUCGCCGCCCCGGAGCACCGGCAGGCCUCUUCACCCGGGGGAGGUCCCCGCGCAGCCCGGAAGCACCAAGCUCGAGACGUCGGAGCUCCUGCCUGCCCUCCCGGGUGAGCGUCGGGGCUGCGGGAAGGGCGCGCGGGCCGGGCCCGGGCCUGACUCCAUCUCCUCCUUGUCCUGUGCAGAGGCCGCGGUGCGCGCGUGCCGGAAAAGCGUGGACCGAAGCUGCCCCAUGGUGGCCUUGUCCGUGCAGAACACAGCUGAGAGCAAAUAUGGCUUCCGCUUCCUCUGCUACCCUCCCAUCUCUGAGGAAGUGUGCCGGCGGUUGUAG